AUUCUUUGUCUAUCUACUUUCCCCCCUGACAGCAAGUGCAGGGCCUGCAGCCGAAAGGUAGACGACACUGACCAUGCCCGUGGAUUUAAGCCAGUGGACUGGACCUCUUUCCCUGAACGAAGUGGAAGAGAAACCAGCAAAGCCUCUCGUUGUAAAAUAUGGCUCUCUUGAAAUCGACGAGCUCGGAAAAGUGCUUACCCCAACCCAGGUGCAGCACCGGCCCACGUCAGUUGAAUGGGAGGCCUGCGACCCCAGCAAGCUCUAUACGUUGGCUUUGACUGAUCCGGACGCGCCGAGCAGGAAGGAUCCAAAAUUCCGGGAAUGGCAUCAUUUCUUGGUCGUUAACAUGAAAGGAAAUGACAUUUCAAGUGGGUGUGUUAUGUCUGACUACGUCGGCUCUGGCCCUCCAAAAGGAACAGGUCUCCAUCGCUACGUGUGGCUUGUGUACGAGCAACCAGGCGACGUCAAAUGCUCUGAGCCGGUUCUCACAAACCGCUCGGGCGACAACCGCGGCAAAUUCAAGAUCCAAGAGUUUCGCAACAAGUACAGCCUGGGAGCGCCCGUGGCAGGAACGUGCUACCAAGCAGAGUGGGACGACUAUGUCCCAAAACUUUACGAACAAUUGGCUGGAAAGUAAGAAAAAAAAAAGAACUCUUAAGUGGCACUUAUGGAACAAAACCAAGUAAUUAUUUUCCUGACAUUUGGCUAACCUUUCGUUCUUAAACCUUAGCAGGUAACUUUCAGUAUUAACAUGUAGCGUUACUUUACUGCUCCCUGUUUUGUGUUUGUACCCGUGAACAGGCACAGGCUUUGUCAUUACCGAGUGACGUUCAGUUAACUAACUGAACUUAUUGAACAAGCAAUAUAGGAAAAUGGUGAACUUCAUAUGACAAAUACAUUCAUUCUUGGAAAACACAAACACUUUUGUGGUGAGCACUUUAUUUACAAAUAUAAUUAAAAGCUUUUACAGAUUCCAUGCUUUCUUCAAGAACCUGAAAAAAAAAAAUUUAAAGUGCAUGCAAUAUUAAAGCAUCUUACUCGA